AUGCUCGCUCGUCAGGCGCUGCGGGUCGCGUAUAAACCUGCCAUCUACAACUCCGCCCUCCGAUCAGCCUCGACGUUCUCGUCAUCCGCCGUCGAAGCAAUGAACCCUCAUGGCGUGGAAAUCUCGAAGGCGCAACGGAUAGCACAGGAUGGCUUCGUUUCAGCAAUCGGCAACACGCCCUUGAUCCGCAUGAAGAAGCUCUCCGAAGAGACCGGCUGUGAGAUUCUUGGAAAAGCAGAAUUCCAAAACCCUGGCGGCAGUGUCAAGGACCGAGCGGCGCUGUACGUUGUGAAGGAUGCGGAAGAGAGGGGCCUUCUAAGAGCCGGCGGCACGGUAGUCGAGGGCACAGCCGGCAAUACAGGCAUUGGUCUCGCGCAUGUGUGCAGGAGUAAAGGCUACAAGCUGGUCAUCUACAUGCCGAACACUCAGUCACAGGGCAAGAUCGAUCUGCUGCGACUGCUGGGGGCAGAAGUAUACCCAGUGCCUGCUGUGGCGUUCGAGAACCCGGAGAACUACAACCACCAGGCCAAGCGACAUGCGGAGGCGAUGGACAAUGCCGUCUGGACGAAUCAGUUCGACAACACUGCAAACCGACAGGCACACAUCGAGACGACUGGGCCAGAGAUCUGGGCACAGACGCAGGGGAAGCUUGAUGCAUUCACUUGCGGGUCGGGUACAGCUGGGACGAUUGCAGGCGUUACCAGAUACUUGAAGACGGCAAGCGAAGGCAGAGUGAAAUGCUACGUUGCAGACCCUCCCGGCUCGAUCGUCUACACCUACGUCUCCUCGGGCGGCAAGAUGACCGAGCGCAAAGGCUCCUCCAUCACCGAAGGCAUCGGCCAAGGACGGAUAACGGACAAUCUGAAGCCUGACAUCGACCUCCUGGACGGCGCACUCAUGAUCGCAGACGAGAAGUCGAUCGAGAUGGUGUACCGGUGUCUCGACGAGGAAGGACUGUACCUUGGCGCAAGCAGCUGCUUGAACGUCGUUGCUGCGAAGGAGGUCGCGGAGAAGCUUGGUCCGGGGCAUACCGUUGUCACGAUCCUGUGCGAUGGUGCGUAUCGGUAUGCCGAGAGGCUGUUCAGCAAGAAGUGGCUGGAGAGCAAGAGUCUGCUGAACGCAGUGCCGGAUCGGUUAAGGAAGUAUAUUGUGCUAGAGUAG